ACUGCAACCUCCAUGCCCGGAAGUGUCGAUUCAACAUGGAGCUGUACAAACUCUCAGGACGCAAGAGCGGUGGGGUGUGUCUCAACUGCCGGCACAACACCGCUGGGCGUUAUUGCCACUACUGCAAGGAGGGGUUCUACAGGGAUGAAGCCAAACCGAUUACACAUCGCAAAGCUUGCAAAGCUUGCAACUGCCAUCCCGUCGGCUCAUCCGGCACAGUCUGCAACCAGACCACCGGCCAGUGCCCGUGCAAAGAUGGCGUCACCGGACUAACAUGCAACCGCUGCGCGAAGGGAUACCAGCAGAGCCGCUCCACCAUUGCUCCGUGUAUAACUACUGUUGUACCGCGCCUAGAUGGAGCCGAUCUUGAGCUGGAGAUCAAAGGAAUUCCGCAGAUAACAACACCUCCAAAUGAGCCAGCACCUGCCCCUGCAAACACAGAUGAAUGCCCGAGCUGUAAGGCAAGCAGUCAGAUAAAUCAGAAGAGAUACUGCAAGACGGAUUAUGUUAUCCAGGCCCAUGUCCUCUCGCGGGAGAUGGGGGAAGAGUAUGUCAAGUUCACCAUCAACGUUCUCUCGGUGUUCAAGCGCGGUGCCCGGCGCAUCCGACGGGGCGACCAGUUCCUGUACGUGCCCCGAAAGGACCUCACCUGCAAGUGUCCCAAGCUGAGGCUGGGCAAGAAGUACCUGAUCCUGGGCAGCGACAGCGAGGACCACGACGGCAUCUACACAGACAGCCGCAGCAUUGUGCUGCAGUGGAGGGACGAUUGGAACGAGAGAAUGAGAAAGUUCCAACGGAAGGAGCGAUCUAACGAGUGCUAGUUAGACCCCCAGCCUCCCCUCAGUCUCCUCCCACCAAGUGAGAAAAAUGAACAAAUAUAGUUAUAAUGGCAACCAUGAAUGGUUGCUACGAUGAUUUCCUAAGAGUUUGAGGAAACUCGGUUUAUUUGUUGCUUCUCAAGAGUAUUUUGUGCCCACGGUGUUCUUUCAUUGUCCCCUAUUUCGAGGACAAGUUUUUAAGUACAAGCAUCAGCCCCUUGUAAAACCCACCUACUCCUACCCCCUCCCCAAUUACACAAACCCCGUUUCUCCCAAUCAAGCUUUAAGCUUUAUAUACAUACAUAUACAUACAAACAUUUGUUUCUAUUAUAUGUUUAAUCUUGGAUAAUCAUAAUAGACUAUCAUGUUGAGUGUACUGCUUAGUGUAAAUUGUUUAUCUCUUUUGAAGAAGCACAUACUACAAAUCUUGCUCCUAGGCGAGAGGGUUUUCAGAACUGAGAAAUCUACUCUGCUGUAGCAGAAUAUACAGCAAAAAGACAACUUCUCAAAAGACUUUAAUAUACAUGUACAUGUAUAUACCUGGCAAGUAGAUACAUACAUGGCGUUACUGCAAACGGAUUAGGGUUAACAGAGGUUGAAACAGUUAACUAAAAGAGGAUCACAUGUCUGAAUAGGAAAAUACAUUUUUUCUAAUAAAUUGG